GUCUGUGUGUGAGUUAGUUAGUGAGUGAUUUGAAAUGGCCCGCCGGGGGCUGCAGUUAUAAACUUUAUUGAGUCGGAUUGAAGCGCUUGUAAAAACAGGCUGGUCGCCCCUUUAAAAGGCGUGGCGUGCGCGCGCGGGUCGCGGCGCAGCUAAACUGCUGCUGCACGAGAGGGUUUAUUACCACACGGCGUCUCCAGACUGUCCAGUGCAAGAACACAGUGCGUGCGCGUUCGAGAAGCCGUUUGAAUCUCGGAGCGCAGACCGCCAUAAUUCCACCACUGCGUCGUGCUGCGGGAUAAUCUCCCGCUUACUUACUGGGCUCGUGGAUAGAACUACAAAGCGCCAUUCUGAUUCUGAUUCUGACGUCGGAUUUUAUUUUGCAGACCGUCACGCUGCUGUGUAGUGCGCUGCAUAUGGGCAGUGGACACGACGCUGUUGUAUGCCGUUAUUCCUCCUCCUCACUCGUUGUUAGUUAGCUUAGAUUUGUAUCCACACACACCGUUCCCAACACAACAUGGCUACCGACGAGCUGUCAUCCAAGCUGAACCGAAGACUCAAGAUCGAGGAGGGAGGCGAGGAGCCCGUGGCCGUGGACGCGGACCGGGAGCACGAGAACGGGGGCUCAGGUGAGCCUCACGAGGAGAAGUCUGUAACAGCCAACGCCGACACGGAGCUCGGGGCCAAGCUGCAGCGUCGCGGGGAGCUGAACGAGGGCGUCGGUAGCGCGCAGCAGCCGAGCAUGAAGGUCUUCAACCCCUACACGGAGUUCAAGGAGUUCUCACGCAAGCAGAUCAAAGACAUGGAGAAGAUGUUCAAGACGUAUGAUAAGGAGAAGGAUAACUUUAUUGACCUGAUGGAGUUAAAGCUGAUGAUGGAGAAGCUGGGAGCUCCCCAGACACACCUGGGGCUGAAGAACAUGAUCAAGGAAGUGGACGAAGAUCUGGACGGCAAACUCAGCUUUAGAGAGUUCCUGCUGAUCUUCCGCAAGGCGGAGGCGGGGGAGCUGGCUGAGGACAGCGGUCUGCUGGUGCUCGCUCGCCUCUCCGAAAUCGACGUCUCCACCGAGGGAGUCAAGGGAGCCAAGACCUUCUUCGAGGCCAAAGUGCAGGCUAUAAACGAGUCUAAUCGUUUCGAGGCAGAGAUCCGUCAGGAGCAGGAGGAGAAGAAGAAGCAGGCGGAGGACCGCAAGCAGCGGCAGGCCGCCUUCAAGAACCUGCAGUCGGCGUUCAAGUAACCAUGACGACCACGACAACCAUCUCAUCACCCACCCCUUCCCCACCCCCAGCCUUCAAGAACCUGCAGUCUGCAUUCCAGUAACCACGGAAACCACCUCAUCACCUCCCCAACCUGCAGUCAGCGUUCCAGUAACCACGACAACCAUCUCAUCACCCACCCCAAUCUACAGUCACCAUGGCAACGUUCCAUCAACCCUGCCACUACCUUACCUGUCAGCAUUCCAGUAACCAUGACUACCAUCUGAUGACACCACCCCACCCCGCUACCUUGAAGGACCCCCACCUCUCCAUCAGCCCCCAAGAACCUUCAACCUUCAAGUAAUGCCAAGGCAACCGUUUCACCCCCCCACAACAGCCUUCAACAGCCUGUAAACUCACAACUACUGCAGACUCUCAUUACCAAUACCUGAACACCCUCAUCGUGUGUGUCUGUGUGUGUGUGUGUGUGUGUGU